AUGCUUUCUAUAUUUUUAGUUGCUGCCAAUUGUCAGUUUAGUGGCCACUUCGGAUCUUUCUAUUGUAGAAUAUUAUCAAACAGAGACUGUGACUUGGAUCCUAAAGACUUGCAGUGUGGUACAGAUGGUGUUACCUACGAUAACCAAUGUUACUAUACUAAAGCUAGAUGUCAAGGGAUUCAUGCAGACAUAGCCCAUUAUGGUAGCUGUACACCAACCAGCAAUAACCAGACCUUGCCUGGUUUUGAUGGUGAUCAAGCAGUUUUAGAUUAUCUCUGUGUUCAACUUUCACAUCAGGAAUGUCCAACAACGGUUGAUGAAGUCUGUGCAUCAGAUAAUGUCACUUAUCAAAACUUGUGUGAAUUUGAGAAACAAAGAUGUACACACCGAACCCUGCACAUUAAAUCACAAGGCGCUUGUUCGUCUUAG